AUGAAUCAAAGACAAUUGGAGGGAAGGCAUCGACUUAAAGCUGAUGCUAAAAUGCAACAAGGAAACAGCAGAUUAGCCAGUGAAAAAAGGAAAAUUCCAGAUAAUGCAGGUUUUAAACCUCUGAUCCUACCCAGAAGGCAAAAGGCUUUCAACAAUAUCACCAUGAAGAAGAUAAUCAGGGCCAAAAUGAAGGAAAAAAUACUCUACAAAAGAAAACCCAUUCUAUUCCUGCUGAUCACAUUAACUAUAAUGUUAAUGUUUUGGAGAUAUUUUUAUAGGAAGAAGAAAGUCAAACAAACUCAUCAAAAUCAAAAACCUUAUUCAUCGUUCCAGAUAGAUUUCAAAAAGGAAGCAACAAACUGGGAGGGAAAAUUUUAUAACAAAAAUACACACUUAGCAGAUUGGUUAAUAUGACAAGUGAACCAGCUAAAAACACCUCAUCAAUCCAGUGGGCUUCUGCUAUCAGACUGGUUUAAUCCUAGAAGUCGCCCAAAUGUUAAAGCGGUGACUGACUGGUUUGCUCCUAUUGUGUGGGAAGGGACUUACCAUAAAUCAUUCUUAGAGAGUUAUUACACAAAGAAGAACAUCACUGUGGGUUUGAUGGUGUUUGCUAUUGGAAGGUAUAUUGAGAACUACUUGGAGAAAUUCCUUUCCUCUGCAGAGCAAUACUUCAUGGCUGGUCACAAGUCAAUUUUUUACAUCAUGAUGGAUAACUCUUCCAAGAUGCUUUUGAGAAAAGACCUUCCUCUUCGUAUAUUCAAAGUAUUUGGAGUCCAGAAGGUGAAAAAGUGGCAAGACAUUAGCAUAAUGCACAUGAAUAUCAUUGGGGAGCACAUUUUAACUCAUAUCCAGCAUGAAGUUGACUUUCUCUUCUGUAUGGAUGUGGGUCAGGUGUUUCAAAAUGACUUUGGUGUGGAGACCUUGGGUGAGUCUGUGGCUCAGCUCCAUGCACGGUUUUAUAAACAGAAUCCCAAUCAUUACAUUUAUGAGAGGCGCCCUUUCUCAACAGCAUUCAUCCCCUUUAAUAUGGGAGAUUUCUAUUACCAUGCAGCCAUUUUUGGUGGGACACCCCUUCAGGUUUUGAAACUCACCCAAUCUUGUGAGAAGGGAAUACUUCAGGAUAAGGAAAAUGGCAUUGAGGCUCUGUGGCCUGAAGAAAGCCACCUGAACAAGUACUUUUUUCUCAACAAGCCCACUAAAAUAUUAUCCCCAGAAUAUUGCUGGGAUUAUUCAUUAUCAGAUAGUUCUGAUAUUGAUAUUGUUAAGACAUUCUGGAAAGAGAAGUUAUAUGAAAUUAAUUCACAUAAUGUAUCAUUUUUAUGA